AUGCCAUGCGUCGAGACUUACGUGCGUACUGAGAAAAGAAACGUUGCCCGCCCAACUCUUUCUGCGGUAUCAUCUAUUCAGCAUGUUUCCCUCCUUCUCACACAGAAUCGCGUAUUUACGAUUUUGCGCAAGCUAAUUCGCUCCACAACCCUCGGGGUUAUAACAACCGCCAUCCCCUCCCCGACUCACCCAUUGAUUCUCUCCAGUCAUCUUCCUUGGAUCCUUGACGUUGAUGAUGAGCAGAGUGAAACAGAGCUUGGUAGUCUACGAGCACACAUUGCUCGUCAAAAUCCGCAAACCCAGACCAUGAUCUCCGCGCCACAAGCCGCGGGGAACACCUCCAACGUACUGGAGCAGGAGGUCCUCGUCCUUUUCACCGCCUCCCACGACCACUAUAUCACACCGAAUUUCUACACCGAAACGAAGCCAAAAACGGGAAAAGUCGCGCCAACGUGGAACUAUGCGGCCGUAAAGGCAUACGGCACCGCCACCAUCUUUUACGAUUCGCAUUUAGAAGAGACAGGGAAGUUCCUAGCCCAUCAGCUGCACGAUCUUUCAGAGCACGCUAAGCGAUCUAUAAUGGAUUAUACUGGACAGGGCGACCGGCCGGAGCCAUGGAAGGUAUCGGAUGCACCCGAACGCUACAUUGAGCUUCCGAGGAAAAAUAUCGUUGGGAUUGAGAUUGUGAUUCACAGGCUGGAGGGAAAGUUCAAAAUGAGUCAAGAGAUGCGGAAAGGGGAUCGAGAGGGGGUGGUGAAAGGUUUGGAGAGGCUGGACACAGAUGCGGCGCGUAUGGUGGGGGCGAUGGUGAAGGAGAGGAGUGAAUUGAAAGAAGCUGCCAAAAUGUAA